GGUGAUGUUUAACCUCCUCGAGCGUACAGAGGUUGAGGAGGUGAAUUUCUAGAGGCAGAGCACUCAAAACACCAUGAAUCUCUUUUGCAUGAAUCAAUAUUCACCCAUGACCUUAACAAAACCGCAAUGAAUAUUCAAUUACUCAAAUUGAUGAUUCACCGAUAAAUCGUUGUCAGCCGUUGUACAAUAUGGCAAACGCAAGUCUUCGUGAAAACAUCGAAUUGAUCAGUGAUAAAGCCAACAAUGACGAGAAAUCGUUGCCGUUCGUCGACAAACUACAAUUAUUGGACAAAGAAAUCCGACUUCUUCAGGAAUGCUGUCUUAAAAUGGGUCUAAACAGCAAGGAAAUCGAACUUUGCGCCGAACCAUUGCUAGAAGAAAGGCACAAGGAAAGUCGGAAAAGAUGGUGGAGGCGAGUCUUGUACAUCUCUGCAUUAGUUGCUUUUAUUGCAUUUAUAUUCUGGUUCGAUCCAACUUAUCGAUAUAUUUGUAUAUUUGGAAGGCUCUCGAGUAUGAAGCUGUUGCCUUACUGGGAUUGGACAAAGGAAUUCCAAAAUGAUUGUUUCAUUGAGAAUCCAUAUUACGUCGAGGAAACGCUUACCGAGGAAGAGUGUGAGAUUUGCGUGAAAGUCAAAGGCACUCGUGUACGCAACGUGAGCCAGGAUGCUAUAGCCAAUAAAUAUCUUUACAAUGCAAUACCUGUGAUCGUCAUAGACACGACGGAACACUGGCCGGCGCAUGUCGCGAAGAUCGAUCUUGACGCUUUGGAACAGACUUAUCUCGAUGAAAAAGAUUUGGACGUUUCAAAAGCGUUUUGCUCGUUUGACGCAUUCUCGCAGGAUAUAGAAUCGCCGCUUCAAUUACUUUCAAUGGCCAAGAAUAAAGAACUUCGUCAAUGGCAAGGAUAUUGGGAAAACUGCAAACCGUCCCUGGCCAAAAAAUUACGAAAGUUUUAUCAACGCCCGUAUUUCUUACCUCCGAUGGCUGAAGCUUCCCCAGAAAAUUGGAUCUUUGUAUCCGAUAGUGACAGCAAGAAGUCGACCAUGAAAUGGGAAGAGAUUGAAUUUUCCUCGAGUGCAACAUGGUUGACACAGAUAAAGGGUCAAAGUUCUAUUGUUCUCACUCCAAAUCCUCCUUGUGAUGAGAUUUGCAAGAAAAUGUCUACCAAGCUAAAAGCUGGAGAAAGCAUUCUUUUUGAAAAUCGGAUAUGGGGUUUCAAAAGAAGACCCAUUCCUGGCGAGCUUUCGAUCAGUCUUGCCUCUACUCUUCGCUGGGACGAACUUUGAGGUUGGCAUAAAAUAAACAAGACCGUGAAAACCUCGUGUAAAUGCAUCGUAUUUUCUAUCGCAAUUUCAAUAAACUUUUUUAUUUUUAA